AUGAGUACAGCAGCAGAUGAUGAGGGCGUGAUGAGAAACUUCAUACACGUACUGGAGACGUUCUGGGCCCUCGUUGACCUCGCAGGGUAUCCCCUCAUCGCGGCGUCCACGCUAUGCGCGAUCUGGCCAGGCGCAGCGACGAACAGGAAUGGGCCUGCGCAAGUCAAGGUCCCUGCCACACCGGAUCUGCCGGAUCAGAUGCCUCUCGACGUUGUCAUAUCGCUGUAUCUAGGCUUCGCUAAUCCUGACGACCUCGCAACCUUUGAGCAGGCAUUUGUAGUAAACCAGCCUCACCUCGCGGUUGGCAAGGCCAUCCUCCCGCCAUAUGAUGGAGGCACUGAGGAGCUCUACCGCCGUACCAGCGUGAUACUGAGCAUGCUCGCCGAACAGCGCGCAUUCGAGUCCGUCGUGGAUCCUCCGUACCCGCGCGAUGGUUACAACUUCCCGGCAUAUGCCAUAGCUGGGGAUGUAGAACGCCUGCAGCACUCUAUGCUGGAACGCGACCGGAUCGUGAACGGCGCCCCAGAUCGCUCGCCGAUGGACUCCUCAAGCGAUAAGGAAUGUUGCAUGGCGGCGAGCGACGAGGGGUUUCUACACGAGUGGCGCUUGUGGACAAUAUUGAGCCCCGACAAGGUGUUCUCAAUCACCUUUCGUGGACGGAAGAUUCCUAAUUCCCAGCUAGGCGACCUCAUUGAAGCCCUGCAGGAUUUGCGCGCAAGCACGUUCCUCGACCUGUCAGGUAUCCAGCUGUCCUUACGCCAGCUGAUGACCGUCCUACGACAAUUCCCAGAAGUAGAAGCGCUUUCUAUCAGUGGCAACAAGCUCAUCCAGCCCGGCCAUCUACCCGCUCUCAUUGCAUCCACCCCUACCCUCCGCCGUCUGCACGCUAUGCACCUCGGCUUUGAGUCUUUCGAUGUCCUUCAUAGUCUUCUGCACGAACAUUCCGCCGCAUUUCGUCAAUUAGAGGGUCUAAUGUGCCCACCCCUCCUCACCCCUAACCAAGAGAUAACGUGGCCGGCUUCGUUCAUAUUCCACCACGCCACCCAGGCGACGUCGGAUAGGCCCAUCUAUGUCUCCGUGCCGCUCUGCACUCCCGCUCAGGUUGUGCAGGCGCUCACUGAGAUCCUCCGGCUGGCGUUCCAGGAGUACCGCUACGGGGAGUCCGCCGCAUUGUGGUACCGCAACCUCGAGUUCCUCACACAUGCGCGCCCAGGCCCAAACUCCUAUGCCAUGCCCGCGAACGGCUUCCCAUUCUACAUGUCAGCGGAGACGUGUCUACACACAGUGCUCUCUUCCGCGACCCUCCGCCCAGACCAGUGCUGGGGCGAGCGGCCGGUUGUGGGUGUGCCCUCGCACAGCCAGGCGUACACGUUGCGCGGGGAAGGCGGGCGGACUUGGAUGUUCUGGUUUGACUGGGACCACCGCCGCCACCAGCGCGAGAACCCAGGCAAGAACAUGUGGGGCUUUGUGCGCUGUGAGGCGACUUUACACGGGGAUGUCGACGAUCCCGAUGGCAUCACGACGGGUAUACCGCUGCACUCGACCUACUCCCAAACGGUACACGACCUGCGCGGAUAUCUGCGCUGCAUGGCAGACGAGGGGCGGCCGCUCCCCGAUGCAGACGCGGUUGAGCGACUGGAGCGCAUCUUAGCCAUGCGGGACCCGGACACUAUGCAGCCUGUUUGCGCGUUGAUGACCCAAGACGACCUGGAACCAAUCGUUGGGCGGCCGUCGACGGAAGAGGACAGGAAAUUCGACUACAAGGACGUUUACCGAGGGCUGACGGGUGAGAACCUCAGGACGGGGGUCAUGUUCCCGGGGUAUUGGCCGGGAACGCAGUCUCGGAGGUCCAAGUCGCUUUUCCUCUAG